CGAAGUCGAGCUUUCAAGAUGGCCGAGAGCGACAGGCUACUGCCACUCAUCCCUCUGUCUAUUCUCACAAAGAAUAGUUUGGUUGCUGCUGAAUCCCUAAAAAAGGCCAAAGACGCACUUUCUGCAGCCAAGGCAUCUGCGAAAUCUGUUUCAACUGAAACAUUGCGACAUCUGUACGAGAAUGAACGGAUCGAAAAGUCGCGGCUUGAGGCACUAAACGACCAAAUCCAAUCAGUUCAAUCGGUGACAGCUUUUAAAUGGGAUGCAGACAUCAUUGCAAAACAAAUUGCUAUCAUUAAUAGCCAGUUGUACAGCCAUAUCACCCUUGACAACAACCUUGCUUUCUCGGAUCCGCGAGGGACGCAUCUCUUGUACUUUACUGAUUUUCAUCGGUAUCUUACGUCAAAUUUUACUCAUCAACUUAUCUAUUGGUCUGAAAUCUGUCGAUCAAACGAUGGGAAAGUUGUUGAUCCACCAGUUCAGCAUCGAGAUAGUUUAAUCAGCCAUGUGGUCAAGAUUGCUUAUUUAUUACUCCACGUUUACCGGGAUUUCUCUGGUUGUUUCGCCAUUAUGAAGGCGUUAUCAUCUCCAGAAGUUAGAAGAAUACGUAGACUCUGGACUCAAUGCCCAUCUCGAAGCAAAGAUUUAUAUAAGGAGCUUGUCGUUCUCUUGUCUCCUUCCAAUGGUUAUCGAUCUUAUCAAGAUAUGCUAGUCAAAAAGCUAUCUAUGGUUUCUUCUGAAUCGAGAUCCAAGCAAGGAAUGAUGAUUGCUGUACCAUGGUUUUUCCCACACUUGAACCGAAUCCGUCAUAUUGCUCAGGAGUAUACUGCUGGCGGUCAAGACAAUAAGUCGGAUGACAAGAGACAGCGGCUACUCUCUGCACCUGGUGCCAAAAAAUUGAAUGAAGUCAUGGUCAUAUUGAGAAAGUGCCAGUCGAACUCAUCCUCGGACUGGGAGGACUUUGAACCCAUUUCCACCGUAAAAUCUGUCACCUUGCAUGGACUUCGUAAAAGCAUCGACCCACCAAUGGACCUUUUGAAGUUGGCACCUGGAAAUAUAGGAGUUUACCAUUGGUUAGUCUCUCGAGUAUAUCUUACGAAACAACAGCUCGUCGACGAGAGCAUGGAAGUCGAGCCUCUAAUGCCUGGAGAAGAACUUAUAUGCGAAAACAUCGAAGUGAACGAAGAAACCUACGAUGUCAUAUCCGGUCUGGAAGUCCCAUCUGAAGAUGUUGAAGCUUUGGAAAGCAGUAGUGAGCCGCCGCAGCAAGUGGCCAAUGGCCCACUUGAUCCACUUUCAAGACGCUCAUCUACUUCCCACUCAGACGAUAGCCAAGCUGAUAGCCCAGACGUCAAUGACUAUGGUCAAUCAAAUAUGGAUGAGACACUGUUAUCAGAAGCCACAGUCACUCAUGAGGGUGCCGGUUUGAACAUCGAAUGGAGUCAAGACAUUGCAGGACAUGAAUCUGCGCAAGCUGAUAACGUUGAAACCGAAAUCGCUGAAGACGACAUUAGAUCUCCUUCACCAGAGUUUUCUGACCCUUUACGUAUAGACUCACCUGCUUCGCCACCAGAAGCUGUCAGUAGUCCUCAGCCUGAGGUCAGCAUGCAAGAUACCAAUGAAAACAAAGCACCCGUGCAGCCGAAUGAUGAUUUCGAUCGACCAGAAAGUAGUGAAGGCAAAGAACAUUCCAAGCUGAUACAAUCUAGACGGGAUGCGCGAAAGUCACGCCUAUCACCAAGUGCCCCCGCCUUUGUACCCAAAUUGAUGUCCGUGAGUCCGAUUCCAGAGCCUGUGAGAUCAAAUCCAAGUGCUUCACCUGCUUCUAGCACUACCUUUGAGGAAGAUUUGACAUCAAUUCCCAAGAACGGUAGUCCAGGACAAGUUGCUACUUCUAGUGAUGAUCAAUCUUCUUCUAAGGAUGAUAAUGGUGAUGAUGAUGAUGAUGAGGAGGUCUGGAAGGGAUAUCAGCCAAGUAGCACAGAAGAUAAAGGUAAUGAUCAGGCUGAUGAUAGCGAAUCUGACAAAUGGAAUGGUUAUCCAACUCCUAAAUCGGAGGAAGCGGACGAUGAGGAGGAGGAAGAAUGGACUGGAUAUCCUGGUCCUUCAAAUCAAGCAGUACAAGAUUUACGACGCCAGUCAUCAAGAUCAAGUACAUCAGAAGAUUGGAAGGGUUAUCAGGCUCAUAAAACAGAAGAUAUAUGGAAGGUGGAAAGUCGCCAACAGGCCUCCGAGCAUGACUGGCAAGGGUAUACACUUGAAACUUUGGAUGAAGAUGAGCUGGAUUCUAGCACUAUGAUGAAUGGAGAGUUCGGAAAAAAGCGAAGAGAGCGAGAAUCAUUCACAAAUUACGACCCAUUGGACAGUUUCAAAAACCAGAUACACAUCCCAGACACAUCGAGUAACAAGCCUAAAUAUCAUGAAGGUGGAACGAUUGGAAGAGCUGCGUCAAAACGUAUGCAUAAUAACCAGCCCUUCCACACAUCUUCCAAAAAAGAUUGAUGAAGAUCCUUCAUUCAGAACAUCACAUAAUCGUCCUAUACCCGUUGAUUGACGAAAAAAACACUCCGAACACUCCCUACUCGCAAAGCAAGUAGUGGUCAAUACAACUAUCUGUGGAUAUCAAAACCAUUAUAAAGAUUCAUUAUAGUAUCAAUAAUAAACAGCUAUGCUUACAAUGGAACAAUUGUGUAUAGAUAUCACUACAUA